CCCAAGGUAAAAGGUCACUCGGCCAUCUUGGCAACAGUUGCAGGUGUUUGUUUGCACUACAAAAUUAUUACAGUAGCAGAAAAGAAGGGGUAACAACGCAAAGAACCAAAAGACCUGGGUUGCGGGAUAACGGGAUUUUGGUAAACUCGGCAUGUUUGUGCUCCAGAGUUUUGAGUCGACAGCAGUAGUAUAGCACUCUGCAGCCUAGGUGUUUGUUGUCUUGUUGUGAGUUUCCUUGCCACACGGAAUAAGAUCGUAGCCUAAGAGAUAAGCUUAAAUAGGGAUGCUUUGAGAGAAAAUUGAGAUUAGUACAAUAUUUAUGAUUUUCGUAACUUUUGUAUGUUUACGUGUUUACAGUUUGUAACGUGCAAGGGUGCUGUUUAUUAGUAUCUCCGUUGUAAUUAUAUACAGUGGUGAAACAGUAUCUGCGGUUAAUAGCUGAUAACUCAAAUUAUUUAGGAAUUGCACCCUAGCUAAGGAUUAGAGAUAGGGCACUGGGGGCGAGUCAGCGCUGGCAGGGCGAGUUGAUCACUGAUGAUAACCACACACUAGUGUAGAGUGAGAUCUUAAUCCAGUGAAUAAUAUCAGUAAAUCAAGAGGCGACAGGCUUCGGUAACGUCAAGGGAGACAGAAAAUGUCUUCGUUCUCGGAAUCGGCGCUGGAGAAGAAGUUAUCAGAACUCAGUAACUCGCAGCAGAGCGUGCAGACCCUCUCGCUGUGGAUAAUCCAUCACCGCAAGCACUCGUCAUCUAUAGUCAACGUGUGGCACAGAGAAAUGAAGAAAGCAAAAAGCAGCCGGAAGCUGACCUUCCUCUACCUGGCCAAUGACGUGAUCCAGAACAGCAAGAGGAAAGGACCCGAGUUCACCCGGGAUUUUGAGACGGUCCUUGUGGAUGCUUGUUCCCAUGUGUCCAGGUACAGGGCUGUACUGGGAGAAGCAGAUGGUGGGUGCAAGAAGCACCUGGAGCGGCUGUUGACUAUCUGGCAGGAGAGGAGUGUGUACGGGGCCGACUUCAUCCAGCAGCUCAAACUGGCCAUCGAGGACUCCAGCAGCCCCAAGCAGAAGCCCAAGGGUAAGCAGCCCGGAGCUCGACGAACCAAACACACCCGGGAAAAGCGCAUCGAAGCAGUGGAGGAGAAGAAAGCCCUCAAGCGCACCUACCAAAAGAUCCAGGAGGCAGAGGAGGAGGAGGAGGAGGAAGACGAUGAUUACCGGGGUCACUACUCUCCGCGGGACAAUGACACCACUGCACCCCUUCUGACGGAGGAGCUGAUCAAGGCUCUGCAGGACUUGGAGAAUGCUGCUUCUGGGGAUGCAGCUGUCCGACAGAAGAUCGCCUCGUUGCCCCAGGAGGUGCAGGAUGUGUCUCUGCUGGAGAAAAUCACAGAUAAGGAGGCGGCAGACCAGCUCUCGAAGACGGUGGACGAGGCCUGUCUCCUCCUGGCUGAGUACAACGGACGGCUGGCGGCCGAGCUGGAGGACCGGAGGCAGCUGUCUCGCAUGCUGACCGAGUACAUCCAGAACGAGAAGGAGGUCCUGGCUGACCGGGAGAAGAAACUGGACGAAUACAAGCAGAAGCUAGCCCGGGUAACGCAAGUCCGCAAAGAGCUGAAGUCACACAUCCAGAGCCUCCCCGACCUCUCUCUACUGCCCAACGUCACAGGAGGUCUGGCACCUCUGCCCUCCGCUGGAGAUCUCUUCAACUGAUUGAGAACAGCCCACUUCUGCAACUCUCCUUCCAGCCCAUUUCCCCUCAGAGAUCGCCAGGCAGCAGCCCUCACCGACGGCUUAUAGCGGCUCACACAUCCAGCUAGGAGGUGAACUGCGAAGAUGGCUCAUGAAGGACAGUAGCUUGGAGAACGACAUGUAAUGAUUUGUUUCUGAGAAGGGAAUGGUCAAUUACCAACCCCCCCCCCCCCCCC